AUGAAGUCAGGAAUAUCUAGUCGGUCGUACUACCGAGAUGUAAGAGGUCCAGUUCCGGUAUCGGAACGCGGCAGCCGUGUCUCGUUAACACCGAAGGCGGCAACGGAGGAGAAAAGAAGCCGUGUGGUGAGACGCCCAAGCGCAGCAGCAGCUAUCGCACCUGCUCGUGCUGCGGGCACUUCUGGAUCACUUCGCACAACAACACCCGUCUCAGCAACCACGUCUCGCAACCGAACAGUGGUCACCCCUUAUCGCGGAACACGUGCUUCUCAGAAGGCUUCCACGUUGCAGUCUCCAAAGACACUUUCACCAGCAGAAUCAACACACUCCGUCCCGUGCAUUCAAAGAAGGGCAUCCGUACCAGUACCCGUAUCAGGGCGCCGUUCCUCCUUCAGGAAUCCGUCAUCUGUUAGUGCACGACGAAGCACCAUUGGCCCAAUGCCGAGUCGUGCUUCAAUUGCCAUGACUUCUAUUUCGGGGGCUGGAGGUGCGUCAACGGCGGCGUCGAGUGCACAGACACCCACUAGAAAGAGGCACCCAACUGCGGUGAUGCCAAUAGCCGAAACAAAGGAGCAGGUAAAGAGCGACGUUGGCCGAAAUAGCAUUCCCUUCACCUUAUCAGGGCACUAUUCAUGUGCUGUGGUGGUGAAAUCAAGUGCUGCGGUAUGGGCUGCUAAUGAGGAAACUGGUGCUGUCGAUAUUUUUAGUAGUGUUUCAGGCGAUUUUUUGGGGCGAGUGCCUCCGCGGCCCCCUAUGAAGUCUGCGGCUGGGCCGACGCAAGGGUGUUUUUCUCUCAUUGGAACUCUUAAAGCGUUUGAGCAUCAUGUGUGGGCAGGGUACGAUGAUGGAACCGUCGUUGUGUACGACCACCUCUGCGUUAAUGCCGUGACAACUGGAUGCUUCCACUCAGCACCGGUUGUGUCGUUCUGCGGGAUGUCCGAUGGUAUCACUGUCAGUGCGUCCACCGACAUGACCCUUGUGCGGUGGGAUAAGGAGGAAAAGAAUUUUGAAGCCAUUACCCGUAUUGUUGGAGUACCCGAAGCGCAUCAGAUGCUAACGUGCACCACCUCAUUUGGUGACAAGUAUGUUCUCUGCGGGAUGACAACGGGAAAUAUUAUAGUGAUCGACUGUUCCACAGGCAUGCAGGCUGCCACACUACGAAAACACACCAGUUGCGUGAAUGCACUUGUUGUGAUGGAAGGUUUGCUCUUUACCUCAGCGGAGGAGGGUUGCGUGAAUGUGUGGAGCCUGCGCGCUGACACUCCUAGCGCUGGCACAACGUUUCAGAGUUGUUGCAGGCUACUUCGAUCGAUUUCCGUACAAAUGGCGGUUCGGGAUAUGGUUCCUCAUGAUGCUUCUCGUAGUUUGUGGGUGGCGUAUGUAGAUGGAUUGGUUGAGCGCUGGAGCGCCAAUCCUGACGAUGACUUCGGUGUUGAACAAGUGUUGAGGGAAGGAGUUGUUGACGCAGAAGGGGUACCUAGGCGAGUUGAGGCGGUUGCACUUCAGUGUAUGGGAACGGUGGAGACAAUGCGUGUACUUGCACUGGGAAGCAAUGGCAUCAGUAAGGUCUGGUGCGGUCACCGUAAUGAAGUGGAGGAAUCUUUGCAGCAGUCCAUUCAGUCGCUGAAUGCCAUAAUUUCUCAAGACGCAGCAGAGGCAGCUCUGUGGGAGAAAAAGGCUCUGCUACUGAAGCAGAAAGAGAUGAAGCGUAAACAAAAGUACAGUUUGUUGCUACUCAGCAUCUAUGAACGUCAACUCCUGUAUAGCUACUACGCCAGAUGGAGAAAGUUCUCCACUAAGAAUACCAAUCAGGGGCGUCAACAUAAGGAAAUUUGCUUCGAUCUGGAGGACCGUCAUCGAUUCCGUAUUCUUCGUCGUUAUUUUACGAUGUGGUGUUCCCUGUAUGAAAAAGAACAACGGCGGCUGCGGCAGAAGCUUCUCUCCACAACAUUCCAGAAGGUAUCACGCCGCAUGUGGUUGUCACGGUUGUUUUCCACAUGGAGAAGGUCCGCAACCGAACGCAGAAUGGCGCGACAUCGGUGGCAAAUAGCGGUUGCGUUGGAAAAAGUGUCCAAAGGAACCCUGUUGGAGAAAUUCUUUACCAAAUGGCGGUACCUUCGCUGUAAGUCGCGCAAAACUGUGGGAGAGGACAAGAUCAACAUAUUAGCUGCAAGGGCACGGAAGUCUUUACAACGGCGGGCCUAUGAUGAAUGGAGGCUACACCAUUCGUGUCACGGAAAUAAGAAUUCUCCCAUUGCUUGUGCUCCUUCAAGGGGUAACGCUGCAAAGAUAGCUGAAUCGUACGAAAAGGUAGUAAUCGAACGCCACCGCCGCAGUGUGUUUAACAUGUGGCGUAAUAUGACGAAGAGACGUCGUACUUUGUCUCGACUAACGAAGCUUGCCAGGUCCAAGGAGUCGCAACGCAAUAGGCACAUCUUAUUCAAAGGGUUCAUACAAUGGCAGUUGUUCGUGCAGCAGCAACAUCUUAAUGCCAUGAGCCGAGAAGUGCAGUUAGUGGAGAGGCGGCUGCGCCAUGCUGAGGAAACUAACGCAGACAUUUUUGACAAGUUACAGUUACAAAAGCGUCUGGACCAGCUUCGGAGGCAACACGACAACGAAACUCGGCAGCUGCAGGAGGAGCUUGCGCGCGCCCAGGAACUUAUAAACGAGCGAGAUGCUCUUCAGUCAGUUGAUCACGUAGUAAAUAAAAACGGUGCUGAUGAUGAAGAGGGAACUCCUGUGAGUACCUUUGGCACUCCAGCACGCUCAUAUGCGCCACAGGCGCUAUUCUCACCAAUUGUACUGCAGAAGAUGCCUACUUCAGAGGCGAUGGAGUUUAUUAUGAGCCGAUUGAAGGGUAUUGUAUUGAAUCUUUACACAGACAUGGGGCUUUUCCGUCAAGUUCGAGAGCGCCUGCGUUGUGGUACAACGGCGGCGGUCAUCUUCCUUGAAGGCUUUCAUGAGGUGAAACGCCUCAUCGUGUCACUCAGCAAAAAACGUGUGGGUGCCUCCACACGGCGCGGUGCUGAACGUUGGGCGGUGGCACCCGAAUCGUUUGAUGGUGUGGGAGCUCUCCCGUGUUCAGGUGUUGUACAGGGUAUAAAAGCGAUGGUUCUCGCAUAUGAUAUGGUGAGUAACUCUGACAUGGAAGGUUUAGCGGCAACGCGGGAGGAAAUAAUCGAAAACGUAGAUUUACUGUUUGCGCUAUGGAAAGCUUGUUAUGCUGCCAGGAAACCAGUGUUGCCGGUGAACAAUAGGGUUUCUACACGGUAA